AUGAGGCUCCGCGGCGUGCUGCUCGUCCUGGCGCUCCUCCUGGCCGCCACCGCCGUCGUGCCGGUGCUGCUCCUGGGCGAGGACGACGACGACGGCGCCGCCGGCGUCGCGCCGGCGCCUCCGUUCAACUCCUCGCGUGUCAAGGCCGUCUCGUGGCAGCCAAGGAUCUUCGUGUACAAGGGGUUCCUCUCCGACGCCGAGUGCGACCACCUCGUGACUCUGGCGAAGAAGAAGAUCCAGCGGUCGAUGGUGGCGGACAACCAGUCUGGCAAGAGCGUCAUGAGCGAGGUGCGCACCAGCUCCGGCAUGUUCCUCAACAAGCGCCAGGACCCGGUGGUGAGUAGGAUUGAGGAGAGGAUUGCAGCGUGGACAUUUCUUCCUGAAGAGAACGCUGAGAACAUGCAGAUACUGCGCUACGAGCACGGCCAGAAGUACGAGCCGCACUUCGACUACUUCCACGACAAGAUCAACCAGGUCCGGGGAGGCCACCGCUACGCCACCGUGCUCAUGUACCUGUCCACCGUCCACAAGGGUGGCGAGACCGUGUUCCCCAACGCCAUGGGGUGGGAGUCUCAGCCCAAGGACGACACUUUCUCUGAGUGUGCACACAAAGGAUUGGCAGUGAAACCGGUGAAAGGCGACGCCGUGCUCUUCUUCAGCCUCCACGUCGACGGCGUGCCAGACCCGCUCAGCCUCCACGGGAGCUGCCCGGUGAUCCAAGGCGAGAAAUGGUCCGCGCCCAAGUGGAUCCACAUCCGGUCCUACGAGCAUCCCCCGGUAGUCCCGAAGGAAACCCAAGGAUGCGCCGACAAGAGCGAGCACUGCGCGGAGUGGGCCGCGGCAGGCGAAUGCGGAAAGAACCCAGUGUACAUGGUAGGCGCCGAGGGGUCGCCUGGGCAGUGCCGGAAGAGCUGCAAUGUCUGUGAUUCUUAG